CUCAUUCGCCAACUCACCACGUCCGCAGUUCUUCGCCACCCGCGGCUUCCCCGCGACCGUGACCGCGGGACGAACGAGCCAAGAAGACGGAGCGCCAUGGAAGCUGGUGCUGCCUUGGCCGCUGGCUGGACGGAGGAGGAGCAGCCGAGAUACUAUGCCUACUCUCCGGAGGGCUACCCCGACCCGAUCGAUCCCGCCGCGGGAUCGAUCCCGGCGCCCCCGCGACAGGGCGCUGGAUCUGAGGCGGUGCUACAGGAACGUUCCCCAUGGGAGCACAUCUUCGAAGCUCGAUUCCACACGGAGUCUCACGCCCAUGGAGAUCGAACUGCACCAGCUCCUUUGCUACACACUCAGCAGAUGGCAGUGGAGAUGCCUCCAACGAGGAUGCCCAUCAUGGCGGCCAUUGGCCCGGUCCCACACGGCCGCGUGGAGCUCCUCUCGGCGAACCUGGGCCCGGCGGCCGCGGCCACCAGCAUGCGAGGGCCCAGUGAGUCUUUUCAAGGCUGGCUCACCGAUCUGGAGCGCCGGCAUGAAGAGCGGCUUCUGCAGGAAGCACAGCGGCGCUUCUGCCACAGCGGACCCCAUGCCUCGCUCAACGACUUCAAAAAGUGGCUCUGCGCAGCGUCGCACCUGGCGGAUGAGGCGACCGUUCGCGAGAUGCGGCGGGCGCAGCUCUACACCUGGCUCUUGUGCGUGCGCCGCGUGGGCACGCAGAAGCUGGGCGGAUUUAGUGUGGUCUUGCCCUUCGAGGUGAAGGAUUGCAUUGACAGCUAUCUGGGUGGGAAGUACGUCUGGGGCCCGAUCACGGCUGCACGUGCCAAGGUCAUCGCCGAAUGUGCGCAGCGGCAGCUGAAGCGCAGUGAGGGCUUGCUGCGGCAGUCUGCGUUGGCGGCCUUGGUGGCCAGGUAUGUCCACCCCGCAGUGAUGCAAGCAGCUGAAGCUGGCUGCGUGGCCUGCUACACCGAAAUCCCCACAGAUGACGCCGCACUGCAGGCCUUGUUUGAGGUGGUGGCGUCAGAGCCGCAGCACACCAAGGAGGUGGGAGCCAUGUUGUGCGCGCACCUGGCCACCGAUGGGUUCCAGGUGGAGCCGAAAUACCACGAUCCGGAGUACGGGCUUUGGCGCGGCUUUUGGGUGGAGAAAUGCAACCGACUGCGCCUGGUCCUUCGCUGGUAGCUGGUCACCACAGUAAAAGCUGAGUGUAGCGUUCCGUAGCGUUCUCGACAUGGCGAAGCGGUGUGUCUCAGAAUGCCGCCCCC